GUCCUGAUCUUAUACAUAUCCUAGUGCGCUUCCCAAGGGUGGUACUCUGGAACUACCUCGUCCUUCUGGUUUCCGUGCUCGCCAACCAGAAAAGCUUUGAAGGCGCGAUGGAGGACGCAAUCAACAAACCCUGGCGCCCGAUCCCCUCUAGCCGCAUCACCCGUGAUCAAGCCCGUAUGCUGCAGCUAUUCACGAUGCCCUUCGGGAUGGGGAUGAAUUAUUUCCUUGGUGCUUGGGAGGAGACGGCGUUGGUUUACAAUCUGGCGUGGAUGUACAACGAUCUUGGCGGAGGGGACAACUGGAUCAUCCGCAACAUCAUUCUCGGGCUGGCGCUAUCGCAAUUUAACAAGGGCGGUAUGCGCGUCGCGGCGGAGAUUCAGGGGGUCCAGAUUCCCGAGUCCUCGUGGUGGUGGCUGUUUAUCACAAGCAUGAUCCUCGCGACCACGUUCCAGGCGCAAGACAUGAAGGAUCAGGAGGGCGACCGUGCGCGGGGGAGAAGGACGGCGCCCUUGGUGAUUGGGGAUACCGCCGCGAGGUGGACUAUUGCAGUGCCGGUCAUGGCCUGGUCAUUUGUGUGUCCGCUGUUCUGGGGGCUCAAUUGGGUGGGGUAUGUAUUGCCCGUUGGAGUCGGCGCACUCGUGUCGGCCCGGUUCGUGAUGCUGCGGGGCUUCUGGGCGGACAAGAAGACAUGGUGGCUAUGGACGUUUUGGACGGCGAUCAUAUGGUUUGUGCCGCUGUUCAAGCACUACGGUGUGUUCGUGCGGUUCGCGCGGAGGUUUGGACUGGAGUUUGCGAUCGAAAGGCAGAGCUCGGGUUUGCAAUGAGGCAUCGAAGAGGAGCAUUAGUUGCGUUUGCAGGAUGUUGGAGAUGGGUCGUUGAUUAGGCCUCGGGUUCCCUGUGGACCAAUCCGAGUUGUUUAUCGCUGGUUGUCGAUCAAGAGAUGUACCGGUAUUGACCGGCGCCUCUCUUCGAAUGUCUUUGUUGUGAAUGAUUUCAGGUAGUCCAUAUACAUUCCUGCCCAACAAGGACACCAUGGCACCUUCACACCACGGACG